UUCACCCAACAGAGAUUCCAUUGUAGUGCACGUUCACGGAUCCAAGAUGCCUUUUAAACUCUCAUCAAGAAUGUAUCGAAAUUAGUGGAAAUUCCUUUUUAAUGAUUUGGACUGCUUUGACCUGAAGAAAUUGAUAAGUAUCCUCAGCAGACUUCUGAGUUUCAUUGACAUGUAAACAAUACCAUGGAAGUAUAAAUAUCUUCCAUAAUAAUACUGAGGUGUUUCCCCUAUGUUCUCUUCAACUGUGGAUGGCCACAAGUUGAUGGGUGCUCAUAUUUUUCCUUUCACGAAUUUCAAACAGCCAAAAUGGUCGCCGAAAACUCUUCAAAUACAUUUACUCUUUUUAUCAGUAUUUAAACAAAUAUACAUUUACUCUUACUAGUAUUUAAACAACUAUUUGGGUCAAACUAGGCUCCCAAAGUAAACUAUACACACUCAACUUGUCGAUGCUAAUAUGGGACCAGGUAAACAGCUGAGAACAGUCAGUAAAGUCGUCUCCAUUUGCUCGGUAUCUCCACUUUCACAGAUAUUGUUAUCCUAGAUAGUCAUCAAGAGCAAGAACUGCUAAACCAUGGAGGUAACUCAGAUUAAUAAGCAAGACGACAAGCCUCUUUCUGGGAAGGUUGCCGUGGUAACAGGAGCUUCGAGCGGUAUUGGUGCUGCCAUCUCUCGGCACCUGGCAGCGGCAGGAGCUAAGGUUGCCAUGACAGCAAGGCGCGAAGAGAUGUUAAAUGAGUUAAAAGAAACAAUUAAAAAAGAAGGUGGCGAGGCGAUUGCUUUGAAAUGUGACGUGUCGAACAGAACUCAGGUCAAAGAGAUGAUAAAGCAGACAGAGGAGUCCUUUGGUCCCGUGGAUAUUUUGGUCAAUAGUGCUGGGGUGUGGUACUUCUCCUUUAUGAAGAACGCGCAAGAAGACGAAUGGGAACGCACCGUCGACGUUAACAUCAAGGGUGUCCUAAACUGUAUCGGAGCAGUGCUAAGUGGCAUGUGUAAAAGACGAAGCGGGCACAUUGUCAACAUUUCGUCAGAAAGCGGCAGAAUGGCGUCUAUCGGGAUGGCAGUUUACACCGGCACUAAGUUCUUCAUGGAAGGAAUGACACGAACGCUGAGGCAGGAGGUAUGCAAAGAAGGGGUCAAGGUGACCUGCGUUCAACCAGGAGCCGUGGACACGCCAGGGCUGACGGACUCUUGCUUAGUGAUGGACGACGAGUGCAAGAAAAUUUACAGUGAAGUUGCAGAAGGUAUCAAAGUUUCAGCUGACGAUAUUGCUCGUGUUGUGUUAUAUGCCUUGAAACAACCGGAUGAAGUGGCCAUCAACGAAGUUCUUAUUCAGCCACGAGAUGCUCCACUUUAAAAAUGGGAACCUCGGAAAGUAUCUAAUACAACUGAACAGUAAUGGGUACAGAAGUUUACUACAGAAGGAGGCA